UAUCGAGGAUGAGAUGUUUUUAAACACAGUGGCUGCUCAGGCCCUCUCAGGGAUAUUUGUCUGGUCUGCCUUGCUCAUAACAUGCCACCAGAUCUAUACACACCUUCGAUCCUACACCGUCCCUAAUGAGCAGCGCUACAUCAUCCGCAUCCUGUUUAUUGUGCCAGUUUAUGCCUUUGAUUCUUGGCUCAGCCUCCUCUUCAUCAGCAACAACCAGUAUUACGUCUAUUUUGAUUCUGUUCGGGACUGCUACGAAGCUUUUGUCAUUUACAAUUUCCUGAGCCUGUCCUUUGAGUAUCUGGGAGGAGAGAGUGCAAUCAUGUCAGAGAUCCGAGGGAAGCCCAUCCA